AUGUCUGCAAACGGCGAUUUUCAAGACUUCAAGAAGCAGGUUUUGAAGGCUUCUGUUCAAGAGAUCGACGAGCAGGCCGAACAUGCCACGGUGAUGUGGAACUUUUUGAUCGCUUUUGCAGCGAAGAAGCAUUUUUAUCGAAAUUUGAUCAUCCAGGUUUUCAACAAGCUGAUGCAAGUUCCCAGCUGGGUGGCAGCGUGGGAGGUCGAUGUGAAACUGCAUGAAAAAGUGCAAACUCUACACGAGGACUUGCAGUCUGCCAUCGGCGCGCAACAUGAGGUUUUACGGAAAUCCAUCGCUCCCGCAGCUUCGAAGUCUGUGACCCUCGUGCGCAUGGAUGAGCGACCGGAAGAGGUUCGUUUGGCGAUCGAAAGAGAGAAGAUCAUCGAUGCAAUUAAGGAGGAAGUUGAGUCAGAGGAGUGGGCGCCCGAAGAAGAGAUCGAAGCAGAAGUGUCUGCAGAAACGUCGACUCAUCCGGCUUUGUCUGCGCUCCAGGAUGGAAUCGAUGCUGCUAUUGCGAUAGACGAUCCUUCGAAAAUGGAUUCCUGUGGACUCAGUGCUUUGAACAAACUUCGAAUCGGCUGCAUCAGUUGCGCCGGAGAUGAUCAUCUUUUCUCGCAGGAGCUCGACAAUGCUCCCAAAGUGUUCAACUUCCUCUUGAGCCUGCUAAAGCAGCACAAAGAGUUCUUAAAUGGAGUUGCAGAGGUCAUCAACCUGCUUAUGGCAAGCACGUGGUGCUCCGCGUUUGAGAAGAGCCAGCUGCUCCAGGAACGUCUCCGAGAGCUCCCAAAGCCACUGCAAGCUGCUCUUGGACUGCAGAGUUCCAAGGUCCUGGCCCAUAUCGAUGCAGAUGCGCGGAGGAUGGUGGCCGGAGGUGAAGUGUCCGAUGACAUGAAAAUCGUGGCAGAUCGGAUGCAGAGCAUACGGGCGCCUCGAAUGUCGGGCGGCUAUGCGCAGGCCUCGAAGAGUGGCUCGAAGAGUGUCGGGAUCGAAAAAUGGAAAGCUGCGAAGACGCCCGAGGGCCACAGCUACUACUACAACUCCAGGACUGGCGAGUCCACAUGGGAGCGACCCAUGGAGCUGGGAGGACCCCUCGUAUACAAGAGCGGAGACGAGGUGGAGGUGUGGAGCAAUGGCAUGCGAGCGUGGGGCAAAGGCAAAAUCUUGCAGGUGAAGGACGAUAAGGUUACGGCGGAGUUUUGUCUUCGUGAUGGCAGCGUAGCACGAAAGGAGCUACCUUGUCAGCACAAAGAUCUUCGCCCUGCCGCGGCCGAAGCGAUGCAAGCCUGGUCAUCCGACGAGCAGGAAGCUUACCAAUCAUGGUUUAGUGCCAUGAAGGAGGGCUCGUCCAGUUCGAAGCCUGCGUUGCAGGUUUCACAAUUUCUGUGGCGAUCGGGACUGCCGCGUGAAGCUUUGAAGCAGGUUUGGGCUAUCGCCAACCCUGGGAGCCGAACAAGUCUGUCCUUCGAGGAGUUCGCGAAGUGCUGCCGUUUGGUUGCCCAUUGCCAAGCUCUGGAUGCUGACUUCGUCAAGAGAGGUGACCGUCCUUUGCGGGUCAGGCUCCGAACAGAGUGCCUGCACACAAGGCCACCGGCCUUGCCAAGAUUCGAGAAAGGAGCCUAG